CCCGCAUGAGGGGAGAAGAAAAAGAAGAAGAGGAGACAAGAGGCGGGAGAGAAAGGGAGAGAAAAAGAGAAAAAGAAGGGAAGGAGAAGAAGAAGAAGAAGAAGAAGAAGAGGAUGGAUCCCUGCCGCCCGCGCCCUUAUAGGCAGGCCCUGGACCCCAACCCCCCCUCCAUUCAAUCGAUCAGACCCUCCAUCCCUCACCAACCUCCGUUCUCUCAAUCAAUAAAUACCUCCCAUGUCUUCCUCGCCCUCCCUCCACCCCCUCCUCGACCACGGCAUCCCCACCGGGGACCCCAGCUUCCCCGGGGGCGAUCUGCACUGCCGAUGCCCCGCCGACCGAGUGACCGUCCGCCUCGCCAGCAACGUCGCCCACAACCAUGCCUGCGGCUGCUCCAAGUGCUGGAAGCCCGCCGGCUCGCUCUUCUCCCUCGUCGGGGUCGUCCCCCGCGACGCCCUCUCCGUCACGGCGCACGCCGACAAGCUGUACAUCGUCGACCCCGAGGCGGCCAUCCAGCGGUACGCCUGCCAGGGCUGCGGCGUGCACCUGUACGGCCGCAUCGAACGGGAGCACCCGUUCCGCGGCCUGGACUUUGUGCACGCCGAGCUGUCGGACCAGACGGGGUGGCAGGAGCCCCAGUUUGCCGGCUUCGUCUCGUCCAUCAUCGAGCAGGGCUUCCCGCCCCAGGGCAUGGAGGAGGUGCGGGCCAGGCUGCGGGGGCUGGGCCUGGAGACGUACGACGCGCUGUCCCCGGCCCUGAUGGACCUCAUCGCGACUUUCACGGCGCAGAAGUCCGGGGCGCGCUCGGCGAAUCUCUGAUGAUGGUGAUAGGAACAGCUGGAAUGGAUGCGCGAUAUGAUGAGAGGUACUAUACCUUGGAACCCCCUGAAGCAAUGUGGACGUGGGGGGAUGCAGCAGGUGGGAGGAAGCGAUCCGGAACAGGAAAGAAAGUAGAGAAAGCCUUACGACUACUUUUUAGUCACUACUACUACUACUACUAC